AUGGUUCAAGAUGCCAUCAUACAGCGUAUUGAUUGGUGGUCCGUCAGACCUCGAGCCUGGGUACCUGGGAAAAUCAUCGAAAAGGACAUGGUGCACCAGAAGGCAGAUCGCGACCGGCUCUCGGAAAUCAUGGACGAUCCAAAGGCAGCCGAAUCGCUCAUCCUAUGGCAUCAUGGCAAGCCAAUCGAGCAUGAGCUGGACGUCAUUGUGUUCCGCACUGGAUAUCGUCUCGCAAUUGCGGUCAACCAAGGAAAGAUGAUCGUUACCCUCGGUGAAAAUCAGUCUCUCCAUGAAAAGUGGCGCAAAGAAGGCAUAUCAACUAUUCAUAGAGACUUGAGCAGCGAGGUUUCAAACCUGUUCUCCUCCAGGCCGUGGCAGGCACCGACCAGUGCCAAUUACCCGUACAUGCUUGACCAGCUAACCAUCCACGUCGCAAGCAUUUUGUCGGAGAUGGACAAGGAGGCUCGGUCACGAAACCCUUACGAGGAUGCGUGGGCUGCGGAGGUGCUGUCUCGAGCGCGAGGCCUCGCCCGUGUGAAGCUGUGUACCCCGAGCUACAUGAACGCGGAGGGGUCGGUCGAUCACAUGAAACCAGAGAAAGCGCUGCAGGCGGCUGGGGCUUCCAUCUGGGGAACGGGCAUGACAAAUUUCGUGGGGACUCUGGAGAAGUGGGGAGAGGGAUUGUGA